UGGAGCCGGUGAGGCACUCUGGGAGGCGGUCUUUGACAUUCGGAAGGAGGGCUCGGCUCGCCGCUUCCUCCCCUCCUGCGGGUACGCCAAGUUUCCGGCCACCUCGGUCCAGCGGCUGGGCAGGAUGCGGCUGGGCUCCGGGGCCUUCGCUGCCAGCUGCGUAGCGAUUGAGGUGAUCGGGGUCGCGAUAUUUAUUCGGGGAUUCUUCCCGGCUCCCGUUCGUUCUUCUGCCGGACCAGAGCACGGUGUAGAGACCCCUGCGCCCGAACCCAUGGCAGGAGCCAGUUCUAACUGGACCAAGCUGCCAUCACCUCUCUUCAAUAAAGUUGUUAUUGUGCUGAUAGAUGCCUUAAGAGAUGAUUUUGUGUUUGGGUCAAAAGGUGUGAAGUACAUGCCUUACACAACUUACCUGGUAGAAAAAGGAGCAUCUCAUAGUUUUGUGGCUGAGGCAAAGCCACCCACAGUUACUAUGCCUCGAAUCAAGGCAUUGAUGACAGGGAGUGUCCCUGGCUUUGUUGAUGUCAUCAGGAACCUCAAUUCUCCUGUGCUCCUAGAAGACAAUGUGAUAAGACAGGGAAAAGCUGCUGGGAAAAGAAUGAUCUUUUAUGGAGAUGAAACAUGGCUUAAAUUAUUCCCAAAGCAUUUUGUGGAAUAUGAUGGAACAACAUCAUUCUUUGUGUCAGAUUACAUAGAGGUGGAUAAUAAUGUCACAAGACAUUUGGAUAAAGUAUUACAAAGAGGAGACUGGGAUGUGUUAAUCCUUCACUAUCUAGGGCUGGAUCACAUUGGCCACAUUUCUGGACCUAACAGCCCUCUGAUUGGUCACAAGCUCAGCGAAAUGGACAGUAUCCUGAUGAAGAUUCACACUUCACUGUUGUCGAAGGAGAGAGAGACUCUCUCACCCAGUUUGCUGGUUGUCUGUGGUGACCAUGGGAUGUCUGAGACAGGGAGCCAUGGGGCCUCUUCUACAGAGGAAGUAAGCACACCUCUGAUCUUAAUCAGCUCUGCAUUUGAAAGGAAACCUGGGGAUGUUCGUCACCCAAAGCAUGUCCAGCAGACUGACUUGGCUGCAACACUAGCAAUAGGACUUGGUGUGCCGAUCCCUAAAGACAGUGUAGGGAGCCUCUUAUUUCCGGUUAUAGAAGGAAGACCGAUGAGAGAACAACUGAGAUUUUUACACUUAAACACAUUACAGCUUAGCAAACUAUUGCAGGAAAACAUACCGUCCUAUGAAAAAGAUCCUGGAUUUGAGCAGUUUAAAAUGGCAGAAAGGUUGCAUGGAAACUGGGUCAAACUACACUUGGAAGAAAACCAUUCAGACAUUCUGCUUGGCCUGGGGACCAAAGUACUCAGGCAAUAUCUGGGUGCCCUGAAGACCCUGAGUCUGUCUCUGAGCACACAAGUGGCUCACUAUGACAUCUACUCCAUGGCAGUAGGGACUGUCGUGGUUUUGGAGGUUCUCAUCCUGUUUCUCCUUAGCACUCCACAUGUGCUGUGCAGAAAGGCUGAGCUGGAUGUUCCUCUGUUGUCUCCUGUGUUUUCUCUGCUCUUCUAUAUGAUAUUUCUGGUUCUUUCGGCCAUUCAUGUCCUGGUAUGCACCUCAUCCGAGAGCUCAUGCUACCUCUGCAGCCUCCCAUGGCUGGCAGCAGGAGGUGUGAUGGUACUUGUUUCUGUGCUGCUCUGUGCAAUUUUGUCUGCUCUUAUCAGGAUGGUUAUCGAUGGCACUCUGCUGAAGAAGAGAGCAGCUCAUCCCGGCUCAGGGUGGUCAGAGGUGGACCUCCUUCUUCUUCUGGGCACAGUGGGCCAUGUUCUGAGCCUGGGAGCCAGCAGCUUUGUGGAGGAAGAACAUCAGACCUGGUACUUUCUUGUUAACACUCUGUGCCUGGCUCUGAGCCAGGAAACCUGCAGGAGUUACUUUGUGGGAGAUGACUGUGAGCCUCAGCAUCACUUCCAAGUGGAGGAACAAGGAUGUUCGGACAUACUUGCCAGCACCCUUUUGGACAGUACGAGCUAUAAUACCCCUGAGCCUGUCAGAACUGGUAAAGGGGCCUCCCUUUCUGAAGCACAAGGAAGCUGCAAAUGGUGGACAGUGCUGGCAAGUCCAUGGCUGGUGCUGAUCUGCUGCCGGCUACUGAGGUCCUUGAACCAGACAGGGGUGCAGGGAGCCCACAGGCCUGACCUCAGCCACUGGCUUACCAGCUCUGACCACAAAGUACAACUCUCAGGCCUGGCUGCCCUUUCUCUGAUUGUGAUCUUCAUGUUGGUUCAGAAGGGAUGCUCCCCUGUAUCCAAGGCAGCCUUAGCACUGGGGCUGCUGGGGGUCUUCUGCUACAGGGCAGCCAUUGGGAUUGUGCUGUUCCCAUGGCAAUCAGACAACAAAGUCAUUUCAAAGGGUAUUAUUGAAGCUCGUUUUGUUUAUGUAUUUGUCCUUGGCAUUCUGUUCACGGGUACCAAAGAUUUACUUAAAGCACAAGUCAUUGCAACAGACUACAAAACCAGGACAAUAGGUUUGUGGGAGAUACAUAGUGGAUUAGUCCUUCUGGCAGCCUUGCUUUUGAGACCACAUAAUCUUCCAGUGUUAGCAUUUAGUCUCUUGAUUCAGACUGUAAUGACUAAGUUCAUCUGGAAGCCCCUGAGACACGAUGCAGCCGAGAUCACUGUAAUGCAUUAUUGGUUUGGUCAAGCAUUCUUCUAUUUUCAGGGUAACUCAAACAACAUUGCCACCAUUGACAUUUCAGCAGGCUUUGUGGGCUUAGACACCUACUUGGAAGUUCCAGCCACUUUCCUCACUGUGUUUGGAACAUAUGUCGGGCCUGUGCUCUGGGCCAGCCACCUUAUGCACUUCCUGAGCUCAGAAGCAAGCAAACUCAUGUCUGACCUCUAGACUCAUGUUGGCACCUUCAUGGAGGGACCCAGAUAGCACUGAACUCAGCAAGCCCAAGAAGAGAACGAUCCACUAGUUCACUGGUACUGCAUUUCCCUCAGGUAAAGGUGCUCAGACGUUAGUUAUUAGCUCAAGCAUAGCUACAGAAAGUUCUCAAAGGCUGGACAAGGAACUCUGGUGGUCUCAGCCAGAAAGAGAAGCACCCUCCUGUGCAAACUACAUUUGGGUUGUAGAGAGAAACAGAUAACCUCUCUCAAGCAGAUACUUUGCUAUUCAAGGGAGAAAACAUUUUUAGAGAGGACAAACAUUUCUGAGGACAAGGAAUGCCUGGACUUCACUUGUAGCUGUCCCAUGCCUACACUUUGAUUCAGUCUGUAGAAAGUUCAUCUUAAAUUAUACAACCCACAAAUGAGGCUGUUGGGCCAGAAUCUGGAAGUUGUGGUUGAUGUGAACUGCCUGCCAGCAACAAUGCUGAAAUCCUAUGCUGAUGUUAUAGGAGCAGUGUGCACAAUAUUCUACAUGGAUAAUGCUAAAAACUGUCCCACAAGGCAGUGCCAUGUGGAAACCCACUGUACCACGUGCUGACGUGUCAGGUAAAAAAGAAGCUCCAUUUGGUACAUCAUUGCCUCAGCACAGAUGCCCUGUUUAUGCCUCCCAAACAAGGGCAGCCAGAGCCCUUUAUCUACAAGGUUUAAGCUGAGUAUUUACUUUGUGGUACAUUGGUGCACUGUUCAUGAGGCAUUUGCAGUCACUUGGGAUAUGACAAGGUAACCCUUGACCUUGGGCCAGGUACCAAGUAGGAACUAUCAGUUCAAGCAUGAGGAGUAAAACAAAGGAAGUACUGGGCUGUCUAUAUGGCAGGGGUCAAGUGUGAUAUAACAGUUGGGAACGAACCAGGGGAAAGUGUGCCAAGACCAACAUGAGAAGCCAGUGAAGGCUGAGGUGAUGUUGUGGAAGAGAUAGCUCAAGCUGUCCACCGGUAACACCAUUUGAAAAAAACCAGAGGGCUGGGUGUUGGUGGCGCAUGCCUUUAAUCCCAGCACUCGGAAGGCAGAGGCAGGCAGAUCUCUGAGUUUGAGGCCAGCCUGGUCU